AGGGACCAGGAGGGGAGGGUGGGCGGAAGGAAGAGCCGGCCUCCAGGUGACGCGGACCCGGCCUCCAGAGUAGGGGUGGCCCUUUGUCAGACAGCGUCACCCCCAAGCCCCACCACCCCAUUCCACGUCCUUAGAGGGAAGACCCCGAUUCUAAGAAGCAGCCGAGCCCCAGGGUGGGCCUGGAGCCACCCCCCUGGCCGGUGGCACCCAGCAUCCCAGGCCCGGGAGCAGAGCAGCCGCCAUGCACAUCCCCGAAAGCCUGCAGGACCUGGCAGACAGCGAGGCCGUGCAGUUCCUGAAGAAGCCCAAGACCAUCACGCGCAUCUGCGCAGGGAUCUUUGCCCUCAUCAUCUUCUCCUCCCUGCUGACCGACGGCUACCAGAACAAGACUGACUCAUCGCAGCUCCACUGCGUCCUCAACAGCAACAACACGGCCUGCAGCUUCUCCGUGGGGGCCGGCCUCCUGGCCUUCCUCUGCUGCCUGGCCUUCCUCGUCCUGGACGCCCACGAGAGCCGCAUCGCCAGCACCCACUUCAAGUCGGCCUUCCAGCUCCUGGACUUCAUCCUGGCUGUCCUCUGGACAGCCGUCUGGUUCGUGGGUUUCUGCUUCCUGGCCAACCAGUGGCAGCAUUCGCCACCCAAACAUUUCCUCCUGGGGAGCAGCAGCGCCAAGGUGGCCGUCACCUUCGCUUUCUUCUCCAUCCUCAUCUGGAUAUUCCAGGCCUACCUGGCCCUCCAGGACCUCCAAAAUGACGCUCCGGUCCCCUACAAGCGCUCCCUGGAUGAGCGCGGCAUGGUGCUGACCUCCCUCUCCCCACCCUCUGCCGCCAGCCCUGUCAACACGCCCAGCCCGGACCCCCACAACCUGAGUUAUACAGGCUCCAGCCUGUCCCCCUAUCUGAGCACCCCAAAGGUCCCUCGCCUCGCUAUGAUGCCCGACGACUAGGCAUCCUCAUCCACAGCAGUAAAGACAUAAUCCUCCCUCCAGAAGGGUUUCUGAGAACAGC